AUGAAUCGGCUUCCUCUUUCAAGCUUGAUGUCACCCCCCGAGACGAAGCCAUUGGAGAGCUUCCAAUCAUCUCUUGAUAUGAAACUACCCCCCAUCUCAGCUGAUCGCAAGCGCACCCAGUCUGAGAUGGACCUCCCAUCCCCUCCAGUGACCCCUUAUACAGGCACCAAGAAACGGCAUUCACACACAGCCGAGCAAAUUGAGCGUGAUGUUGGUUCUCCGCGGGAUCCUGUUUUGUUCCCUCGCCACGAGUCCGUCACUGGGGAGGAACCACUCUUUGGUCCCAUUAUUCAACCAACAGCUGAGGCCGUGGUCGAGCAGCACAUUAACUCGCACAUGGCCCGCUUCGACAAUAAGCGCAAUAAACCCACACGUGAUGAGUAUUUGCUUGCGCUGUCGUGUGUGCCGAUCGUUUCCACGCAAUAUAAUCGAAACCCUGCUGCCUGGGCCCGCGAAGAACGAGAAACCUUGGAACGCCAGUUGGCCUUGAUGAAUCGAUACCGACCGAGUGAUCUGGCUGCUAAACUAAAGAAGAUUGCGCCCGCUCCCAAGAAAGCGAUGACUCCCCGUGUGCAACGCACCCGAGUCAAGCGUACCCCCAAAUCCACCCCUAAGCAGCAGACUCUCGAUACAUUUGAUCCCCUCCCCACCACAUCGAAGUCCCGGGCCCUGGGAACUAAUCGGGAUGAUACCGACUUCCAUGCCCUCCAGGAUUAUUCGCCUCCAUUGGACACACUGGGCAGCAAUGCCAAAGCGUUGAAAGCCGAUUGGAAAGGGCAAAUGUUGGAUUUGAGCAAUGACCCGGACAGACAUUUGCUUAGUCCUGCCGAGCUCAAUUUAGCUUCUACCUUACGAUUGUCUUGUGCCACAUACCUUUGUAGUAAACGCCGCAUCUUUGAGGCGCGUUUGCGAGCCUUGGGUGUGGGCAAAGAGUUCCGCAAGACCGAUGCCCAACAAGCUUGCAAGAUUGAUGUCAACAAAGCAAGCAAGCUCUGGACUGCCUAUGAGCGCGUUGGAUGGUUCAGGCCCGAAUACUUUCAUCAGUAUUUAAGAUGA